AUGGCGACCAUCAAGGCUAUCGAGGCCCGUUCGGUUCACCAGAUCCAAUCUGGUCAGGUCAUCGUCGACCUAUGCUCCGUUGCCAAAGAGCUGGUCGAGAACAGUCUAGAUGCCGGCGCAACAUCCAUCGAGGUUCGGUUCAAGAACAGCGGCCUGGAUGCGAUAGAGGUACAAGACAACGGGAGUGGCAUUUCACGCGACAACUACGAGAACAUCGCUCUCAAGCAUUACACCUCCAAGCUCUCCUCCUUCGACGACCUCUCCCGCCUCAACACCUUCGGCUUCCGCGGCGAAGCCCUAUCCUCCCUAUGCGCGCUUGCCGACUUCCACAUCGUCACCGCUCAAGCCCACGAGGCCCCCAAGGCCAACCGUCUGGAAUUCGAGCCGUCGGGAAAGCUGAAGCGAACCCAAAUCGUGGCCGGCCAGAAGGGCACCACCGCGUCCGUGGAAGGGAUAUUCAAGCGACUCCCCGUGCGACGACGGGAGCUGGAAAAGAACAUCAAGCGCGAAUAUGGGAAAGUGCUGAACCUGCUCCACGCCUAUGCCUGCGUGAGCACCGGCGUCCGCUUCAGCGUCAAAAACACCGUGGGCAAGACACGGAACGUGGUGGUGUUUUCGACAAAGGGUAAUCCGACGACGAAGGAAAACAUCGCCAACGUCUACGGCGCGAAGACGCUUCUCGCGCUGAUCCCGCUGGACCUGACGCUAGAGUUUGAGCCCUCCGUGGCUGGCCGCCGGGCGUCUGCUGGGGAGGCACUCAACCAGAUUCGUGUGCGAGGCCAUGUAUCCCGCCCGGUGUUUGGUGAAGGACGGCAGACGCCUGACCGGCAGAUGUUCUUUGUCAACUCGCGACCCUGUGGGUUGCCCCAGAUCGCGAAGGCGUUUAACGAGGUGUACAAGUCGUUCAAUGUGUCGCAGUCGCCGUUCGUGUUUGCGGAUUUUCAUAUGGAUACCAACGCGUAUGAUGUCAACGUCUCCCCCGACAAACGGACCAUUCUGCUGCAUGACGCUGGGGCCCUGAUUGAAUCUCUUAAAACUUCUCUCACAGAGGUGUUCGAGUCUGCAGAUCAAACCGUGCCUCAAUCUCAGGUCUCUGGCGCAAAGCAACCAGGGAGUAAACCUAAUUCAACAUUAUUUCAGAGCUUCCUGGCCAGCAAACACGCCCCUGAAGAGACGCCUGCGGAUGGCGACGGAUCUGGUGUUGCAGACGAGAUCGGGAGUAGCCAGGCUAGCUCUCAUGGUCGAAUGAAGAGCUUCCUCAGUGACCUUGGCUCCCGUCCAGGCCAAGCAGAUACAAAGUCUACCCCUGCUCAUGUCGACACAUCAACCCAGGAGAGCCAGCCUAUGUCUCCGCCUACAGUGUCACAGGAUGAUGCCGAGACGGAAGUUGAGGUGCGAACCCCUGCCCAAGAGACCAAUGCGUUUCGAGAAGCAAUUCCCGAAGAAGGGAUCUACGAGCCUGAUGAGGAUAUCACGGAGCCUAGACCAGGGCUUGAUGAGGGUGAAACCAACGUCCCUCCCAGCAGUGCUCCAUCAAGUCAAGAGCUCUCUACACACGGCUUGGACUCAUCGAUGGAAACUCAGAACGUUGUACAGAAUGCAUUCGAUCGAAUGAGGCCUAGACGGGCACCGGCUGAGGUGGCUACAAUUACCAUCGGCAACAAGAUCAUCACGUCUAUGGUGGGAAGCGGCGUUCCAAGGAAACGGGACGCGGCGACUGUUGGUAUGAGUAAUACUACGAGUCGGAAGAGACGUAUCCACACACCCUCUCGGCCUAACAUUUUUGGCAAGCAUAUGCGGGACUUUGCAGCCCCUGGCUCUCAAAUGCAGGCAGACGAUGACAGCGAAGAGGGCGCAGAGGAUGAGCCUGAGAGUCAACAGGGAGACGAUGCUGUCAGCGAAGAGGAGAUUGAAGAACCUGAUGACGGAUCCCAGUCAUAUGCUCCCUCGGACGAUCACGGCGUCCCUGAUAAUACUCCGCCAGAGCCUCAAGAGGGCGAGGCCAGCGACGAAGAGCAAGAAGUAGAGAACUUGCCACCUCCUGUUGAGACAAAUAUGGGCGAAGAGGAGAAAAAGAAACACGAUGAAGCCGAGGUUCAACGACUGAUCCAACAGGCAGAAGAACAAGCUUCCCUGCCACAGGGCAACAAUGUGAACCGUGCCAACAAAAUGAACAAAGGAGCGUAUCAUCGUGACUCUACAGUCCAGCUGGUCAGCACCAUGGACGGGUCCGUAUCCCGAGUUCAGUCCCUAAUGGGGAAGCUUCAAGAAAGCGCCCGCUUGCCAGGGAGGAUUGGCGGGGAUGAAGAGGAUGCUACUGGGUCUCAAGAGACUGCUGAAGAGCGUCUGUCGUUGACGGUGUCAAAGGAUGAUUUUGCCCAGAUGCGGAUUAUCGGUCAGUUUAAUCUCGGGUUCAUUCUAGCGACACGGUCAUCGAGGGACAGCUCCAACUCAGCAAUAUCUGCUUCCAAGGACGAACUUUUCAUCAUCGACCAGCACGCCUCCGACGAGAAAUUCAACUUCGAGCGACUCCAAGCGGAGACGGUGGUGCAAAACCAGCGUCUUGUCCAGCCAAAGCGGCUUGAUCUGACCGCCGUUGAAGAAGAGAUCGUCAUCGAGAACCAGGCUGCCUUGGAGAAGAACGGGUUCAUCGUCGAGGUCGACGAUAGUGGAGACGAGCCCAUCGGCCGUCGAUGCAAGCUGGUUUCUUUACCCCUGAGCAAGGAGGUCGUGUUCGGAGUCCGGGAUCUGGAGGAACUGAUCGUUCUACUGUCCGAGAUGCCUGCCACCGGCACGACUGGCGGUGCAUCCGACAGAUAUGUCCCGCGUCCGAGCAAGGUGCGGAAGAUGUUUGCAAUGCGCGCGUGUCGUUCCAGCAUCAUGAUCGGCAAGACCUUGACAACCAAGCAGAUGGAACGAGUGGUGAGGAAUAUGGGCACGAUUGACAAGCCAUGGAACUGCCCGCACGGUCGACCCACGAUGAGGCAUUUGAUGAGUUUGGGGCAAUGGAACGAAUGGGAUGAGUUCGCAGCGAACUACGAUGACAGGGAGACCGAUGAUGAUCGGACAGACGGUCUAGAGGUUUGGAGAGAUUAUUUCAAUGAAAUGGCUCCUGAUGAUGAAGACGACGACGACCAAGUCGAAUUAUAG